AUGUCAUCCAAAACUGCGGACCAGGUCCGCCCUCUCUCAGACUCGAUCAACGCCGCCACCAGAUCAGUCCACACCAAGCUCAACAAACUCGUCAUCUACAGGCUCCCACUAGCUAUCCCACUUCGGACCGAUGACCCUACCAAAUAUGUCUCCGGACUUUUGCAUAUUACUCCUAUAUACAGCACGUUCGAAUCGCUAUGGCAGGACAUUCUGGACCAGCCUCUUCCGGCAUGCAACAUCAUCUCAGUAGAUGAGCACUCAUGCCAAGUCUGCAAACCAUCUGCUACCAUUCACCACACCCACAACGUCCUAGAUGCGCCACAUCAACCUACCGUCUGCACGAGGAUCCACUCUCUCCUAGCACACUUACACACACCCGGCCUGACACGGACGCAAGCCCUCAAGGAAGACAUCUUUUCCAUCACCGGCUGGCCAAGCUCCGUGAUCGAGGAACAGCUCAAUCUAGCCUCCGAGAAGACCAUUCUCUCGCACUUCGUAACCCACAUCCGGCGAGAAGUCCAAGCUCGGCCCCACGUCCUCCUCGCGUACGCCUGGGUCCUCUACAUGGCACUCUUCAGCGGCGGGCGUUUUAUCAGAGCAACCCUGUCGCGCAUAGACGCGUCCUUCUGGUACUCCAUCUCGCUAUCCCCUCCUGCCUCCAUCAUGGGCAGGUCAUCGUCCUCUGACUCGUCGGAAGACGACGAUUCCAACCUGCCACUUAAGUUCUUCACCUUCGACACCCCGCACGAUGGCGACGACUUGAAACAGUCGUUCAAGAAACAUCUGGCCGAGUCGUCGGCGCGGCUGCUUACGCCACAGGAACGGCGAGAUAUUGUGGAGGAGGCCCACCGUAUUUUUGAGUUUAUGAUCGAGGCUGUAGGGGAAUUGGACGCGGUCUGUGGCACUGACCGGGAGGAUAUUGCGGAACAACCCGCUGGGGGCCUUAUAGGGCGGGUUGGAAGAUUGUUGGGACUGAGGACGAGGGAUAGUGUGGUUGUGGCGAAGGAGAGGAGGGAUUGGAGGCGCUUGGUUAACUCGCAUGAUGAAGGGAGCGGGAGUGACGGUGAGAAUGGGAGUGACAGUGGUAACAGCGACGAGAUUGUACCGUUGCCAUUGCCGCGUCGUUCUGCCGACGAAGGAAGUGAUGAGCUGGAGGAUAAAUUUGCCCGCGAACAUGUCCACUUUGAGCGUUUGACGCGACCAAGGGAAAGCAAUCAUGUUCCAAGCAUGAGUAGGAGGGCUUAA